UCAUUACUACAAGCAACACCAAACAGCUGUGUACAUCACUUCCUGUACUGGUUCUACAUGUGAAGUGUGGCUGAAGAAGCUGCAUUUCAACUUCGAAACGUAGCCCCGGAGCAACUCGAAUUGUGAAAGUGAUGUUUAGCAAUUCUGUUGCCUGGAAUAAAUUAGAAAAGGAACCAUUGAGCUAUCCACGAACAAGAGGAGUGGAAUGGUAAACACCGUCUCGUGUGUUUAGUUGAGCACCAUUAUCGUGAUUGGUCCGAGCCCCUGUCCGCCACRCCUGGUGGACCCCUCCCCCUUGGACGCAUCUCUCAGCCCAGAGUGUCAGUCAGAAUGAGACAAUAGAACGCAGUCGACAAUGGACCUUCCCCUUUCUCUCUUUGCUCUCUGUCUGCCCCGUCCCCAUACCCUUCCCCUAACACACACACACAGCCAGCCCCUGACUACUCUUUCCACUGUACUGGUUUCGGUCCACUCCCUCUUCCUACCUCUCUAGCCAGCCUUGUCAAGCCAAACGAAACCAUAAUCCUCUGUAAAAGAUAGGGGCCUAUACAGCUGCCUGUGCUCCCUUUUUGUUGUUGGUAACUGUUUGUUUAGAGGGCCCCCAUGAGAGUAGCAGCUAGAGAACACAAGGCAGCACAACAGCACCCAGUCAGCCGUUUUACUGGAAACAAACGAGCUGUGGUGGUGGUUUGGACACUGAUGGAAUUCUAGUAGCAUGAUGUUGGGCUGGCAUCGCCACCACACGCCAUCAAUGAACCAGAGGGCCACCAGCAGACUUUGGAGAUCGACACAUCUCAACUUGUGGUGGGACAAGAGAUUGAAAUAAAGACAUCAAUCUUUUUUUCAGGAUAUUUUCUUUAACCUCCUUUUUUGCUUCUCCAGUGAUCAGCUAAACCAAAGUGCCUUUCUUGGUUUCUCACUGUGCUUUUACUAUAAACUUCAUCUAACAUCAUAUUACACUCCAAUAUCUGAAAAUAGAUUUAAAAGAAACAUUUCAACAUCUCAAGGAUUUUGCACUUUUCAUUGAUGCACCUCCAUACCAUUGCCUGUUGCACUUGUCAUAUCAUACUUGUCGCACAAUACUGACAGUGCCCGCUUGUUUACAGUAAAAACAUACACCCCCAUUCCGACUGUUGACAAUCCCACCCCGUAUUUCACCCAGCCACAAAGUAAGCAUUCUCUCACAGCGUUCCUCUAGUGUAGGUUGCUAGGACUAACGAAGCCAAACCUAUCACCAAACCGCUCUCCAAGUUCCUUGUGACGCAGAGCCGGCGACAUGGCGACGUGGCUACAGUCAAAAUGGCGCUACCUGUUCAUGUUCCUGGGUGUCCAGCUGGUUGUCAUGGCUCUGCUGUCCCGCGAGGGCUACCACAAGCGAGUGUCGUACUUCAUCAGGAUUUUCCGCAAGCCGGAGACCACUGCGUCGGGGACGUCCGGUGCCAGCUCGCCCCACGUGCGCAAUCACACGGGCAGUGACGUCUACGCCAACUUGUCCCUCCUGGCCAAGGCCCACGGCCGGGGCGAGUACAUGCCCUACUGCCCCAAGACGUCUCCCCUGAUAGGUGGACCGAUCCACGUCAGCUUUCCUUCUGGGUUGACACUGGCCCAAGUUGCGCGGAAGAAUCCAUUGGUGGUCCUCGGGGGGCGCUACAGACCGCCUGACUGUGAGGCACGGCACCGCACCGCCAUAAUCAUUCCCCACAGAAACCGGGAGCACCACCUGAAGUUCCUCCUCUACUACCUUCACCCAUUCUUACAGCGACAGCAGCUCAACUACGGCAUCUACGUCAUCCACCAGGCUGGUAACUACACGUUUAACCGGGCCAAGCUAAUGAACGUUGGGUUCCGGGAGGCCAUGCGGGAGGAGGACUGGGACUGCCUGUUCUUCCAUGAUGUGGACCUCAUCCCUGAGGACGACCGCAACACCUACAUGUGCGAUGCCAACCCCAAGCAUGCCGCCAUCGCCAUGGACAAGUUUGGAUAUAAGCUGCCAUACAAGAUGUAUUUCGGAGGGGUGUCAGCGUUGUCUCCACUGCACUACCUGAAGAUGAACGGCUUCCCCAACAACUACUGGGGCUGGGGAGGAGAGGACGAUGACAUUGGAGUCAGAGUAUCCCUAGGAGGGAUGUUCAUCUCUCGUCCAUCGGUGAAGGUGGGCCGAUACAAGAUGAUCAAACACAAGCUGGACAAGGGAAACGAUGUGAACCCCAGGAGGUUCAACAUGCUGGCCAAGACGCGUCAGACGUGGAAGCUGGACGGCAUGAACACUGUGGACUACGAGGUGCUGUCACGUGACCACUUCCCCCUCUACACCAACAUCACUGUGCACAUCGGCACCGAGGCCGGCCUGCAUGCCACGGCGCCGUCCCCCAAGAUCCCUGUCAAAGCCCCAGCAAAGCCGCCAGUCGAAGCCCCCACCAAACCUCCAGCCAAGCUCCAACAGGAACAAAAACAGAACCAACCCACGAACCACUGACUUGGACCACCAUUACCCACUCCACUCCCAUCCACCACCGACUCUCCCCUCCUAACUUAUGCCUGGGAGCAGGGAUGUGAGAGGGGGCCCUGGACACUAAAAUCGCUCCUUUCUUUGCCUUCACACCUCAUAUCAACGCCUACAGUGGGGAGAGGUGGGUGGCUCCCCCUAUUGGACUAGAGGCCAUUAUACGCACAUGCCUUUUCCUUCUGUUCCUUCCUCUGGUCUGAUCAUCAUUAUCAACUGAGACUUUAACAAUAGCAUAGCAGAGACUGAACCGAAGACCAAUGCUCUCCACUGCCUAGAUAGAAUCUGUGGGCCGAGGCUUUGUCUGUCUAAAUGAUUUACUGUCGCAUUCUCCACCCUAGUUGUGAAUCUCGAGCUUCUCCAGCUAUGUAUCACCACUCCACUGACUGACUCUAUGAAAGGGACUUAUGGUAGAGGAGAGAAAAAAAGACUGACUCUAUGAGUUUAUAUCGCUGCCGAAAACCCCCGUUGCCUUAGAAAAACCUGUCUUGUUCUAUUUGUCCUUUUAGUAGAAUUUCAGGUCGAGAGUUAUGAAUGGAACCGGUUUCUAGUGAUAGCAAGAUUAGGGGAUAGAAUAAAUAAAUGAAAAACCAUUUUAUGCUACUGAUAUUGCAAUAGCAUAUGGGUCUUUCUGCUGAUUUAGGUGGCUUUUGAGUAGUGUAACUUGGUGAGAACUUGAUUUCACCCAAUUUUAACAUUCUGCCAUAAAGAGCACACGGUUUCCCAUCUCGAGGUCAAAUUAAAGAAAUGACCAUAGUAGGUGCCAAAUAAAGUAACAGGGUUGACCGUAACCGGGUUAAGUCGGCCAUAAAUCCCCUUGUGACACAGGGAAUGGAAGCUUGUUGUGUGCAAAUUAAAUUGUUCAAACAUUUCUAGCCUGUCUAUUUAUGGGUAACAGGGUAGACAUGUUAUGUUCGACCUGCUCUUUUUUCCAUCAAAAAACACCAGACAAUAGCCAAAAAGAGUAGAACCAGCUCACCUGCUUGUACACUAUGAUUUGACUAUUAUGUUCAAUCUUUCUUUUGAAAGAAAUAUUUAAAGAGGAAUUUCACCAUAUUAAAAUGAGAGUUCAGUUCACUUUUUUUUUCUUUAAAAUGAAUCACUAAUCACAUUAAAUAAU